UAGGCGUAGUAGACGAGCCUGGAGUGGUGGGCAGAGAAAGGAGAGCGCACGAACCACUAAGCAACUUCAGUUUUUGACGGAUUUAAAACACAUAUAAACGAGGAAUUAAACCGGUAAACUAAAGUGAAUUAUCCGACACGCGAAUUGGAUAAGCCAAAACAAAGACCCCAGCCGCCUCCUGUUUCCAUCUCUCUUAUCCCCCUCUCUCUGUCAUUCGGAGGCAGUCCGUCCGUCGGCUGUGUGAGUACACUUGGCUCACACACACACACACACUCUGGCUCUCCAUAGUCUGAGAAGCAAGGCUGCUGUGUUCUACAUGGCAGGAUAUUGUCUUGGUUAAAGCCAAUAAAGAAGGUAGUGGAUUGCAUGUCGCCGAGGCAACACAGCUUUGUGUAUUAAUUCGAUCCGUCCUUCCGGUCUCCUGGCUACUGGUUUGGCUAUUCUUCUUUAAAUGGAAGGACUAUAUCACGAUAUUUCCAGAAUUUCCUACUACACAGAAUAUGACAGACACCUAGCGCACAGCAACGGCAUGGCGACAGCAUACCUGGACCCCAACCUCAACCACGCCCUGGCUGGGGGGGCCAAGUCGCGCCUUAGCGCGGGCACAGGCACGGCCACCGAGCGAGCCCCCGGGGCUCCAGACAGGGUCCUGAAGGUCUUCCAUCACUUCGAGAGCAACAGCGAGCACAGCACAUGGGCCAGUAACAUCCGCCAUGGGGACGCCACCGAUGUCAGGGGGAUCAUCCAGAAGAUUUUGGACAUCCACAAGGUGAAAUGCGUGGCGUGCUUUGGCCUGCGUCUCACCUCCCAGUCCGGCCAGGUCCACUGGCUCCACCCUGAUGGCGUGUCCCAUGUGAGGGAGAAGUACGAGCAGAACCGCUCCCAGGAGGAGUGGAGAUAUGAGCUGCGUAUUCGCUACCUUCCAAAGGGAUUCCUGCACCACUUCAGAGACAAACCCACACUCAACUACUUCUACAGUCAGGUGAAAAAUGACUACAUGGUGGAGAUAGCGGAUCAGGUUGAGCAAGACAUUGCACUUAAGUUGGGAUGCCUUGAAAUCAGGAGAUUCUUCCGGGAGAUGCGAGGAAAUGCCCUGGACAAGAAAUCUAACUAUGAACUAUUAGAAAAAGACGUGGGCUUAAGAAGAUUCUUCCCUAAGAGUUUACUGGAUUCAGUCAAGGCCAAAACCCUGCGGAAGCUGAUCCAGCAGACGUUCAAACAGUUUGCCAACAUGAAUGAUGACCAGAGCAUCCUCAUGUUCCUGGAGAUUCUGGCGCCCGUCUACAGAUUCGAUAAGGAGUGUUUUAAAUGUGCUCUCGGGUUGAGCUGGGUCAUCCAAGUAGAGUUAGCCAUUGGACCUGAGGAGGGCAUUAGCUACCUUACAGACAAGGGCUCAACUCCAACCCACCUGGCCAACUUCACCCAGGUGCAGACCAUUGGRUACUCCGUCAUGGAGGACAAGGAGAGGAAGGGCAUGCUGCAGCUCAACGUGGCCGGUGCUGCUGAGCCUCUCACAGUGACCACACCGUCACUCACCACAGCUGAAAACAUGGCCGACCUCAUAGACGGCUACUGUCGCCUGGUCAACGGAGCCACCCAGUCCUUCAUCAUACAGCCACAGAAAGAGGGAGAGAGAGCAUUGCCGUCAAUCCCAAAGGCACCCAACAAUGAGAAGAAGGUAGUAGAGGGKGUGGUCCGGAGCGCUGGGGUGCGWGCCAUCUCUGUCUCAGAGGAUUGUAGUGGGGAUGAGACGGACGAUUAUGCUGAGAUUAUAGAUGAAGAGGAAACCUACACCAUGCCUUCAACCAGGGACUAUGAGAUCCAGAGAGACCGGAUAGAGCUGGGACGCUGCAUCGGAGAGGGACAGUUUGGAGACGUCCACCAGGGAGUCUACAACAGCCCGGAGAAUCCUCUGAGCGUGGCCAUUAAAACAUGCAAGAACUCCACGUCGGACAGCGUGCGUGAGAAAGUUUCCCUUUCAGGAAUGACCAUGCGUCAGUUCGACCACCCCCACAUAGUGAAGCUGAUCGGUGUGAUCACAGAGAACCCAGUGUGGAUCAUCAUGGAGCUGUGCACGAUGGGAGAGUUGAGGUCCUUUUUACAAGUAAGGAAGUACAACCUGGACCUGUCAACGUUGAUCCUGUUCUCCCACCAGCUCAGCACAGCCUUGGCCUACCUGGAGAGCAAACGCUUUGUCCAUAGGGACAUUGCUGCCAGGAACGUGCUAGUGUCUUCCACAGACUGUGUGAUGCUGGGAGACUUUGGCCUCUCGCGUUACAUGGAGGACAGCUCCUACUACAAAGGUACAAAUCUCUUCAAGGGGAAACUUCCAAUCAAAUGGAUGGCUCCAGACCAUCAACUUCAGAGACGCUUUACCUCAGACAGCGAUGUGUGGAUGUUGGUGAGUGUGUGCAUGUGGGAGAUCCUCAUGUACGGUAUCAAGCCCUUCCAGGGGGUGAAGAACAACGAUGUCAUCGGGCGGAUAGAGAACGGAGAGCGUCUGGCCAUGCCCCACAACUGCCCCCCCACCCUGUACAGCCUGAUGACCAAGUGCUGGGCCUACGACCCCAGCAAGAGACCCCGCUUCACAGAACUCAAAACCCAGCUCAGUACAAUCCUGGAGGAGGAGAAGGCCCAGCAGGAGGAGAGACUAAGGAUGGAGAUGAGACGUCAGGUCACUGUGUCCUGGGACUCAGGGGGCUCAGACGAGGCCCCCCCUAAACCUAGCAGACCUGGUUACCCCAGCCCUCGGUCUAGUGAAGGAUUCUACCCCAGCCCUCAGCAUGCUGGACAGCUCAACCAUUACCAGGUUGGGUACCCUGGCCCCCACGGCAUUCCCGCUAUGCACAGUGGAGGGUACUCUCCCCAGGCCGGUGUUCUGGACCCUCAGGAGGCCUGGAACCACCACCGACCAGGAGACGUCCCCAUGUGGUCCCCCAACAUGGAGGACGGAGGUGCGUUGGACAUGCGUGGUCUGGGCCAGGCGCUGCCCCCCCACCUGAUGGAGGAGAGGCUGAUGCAGCAGCAGCAGCAGAUGGAGGAGGACCAGCGCUGGUUGGAGCAGGAGGAGUGCUUCCUGAAGCCAGAAUCCAGGAACUCGCGGGGCAGCAUUGACAGGGAGGACUGCAGUCUCCAGGGGCCGACAGGAAACAUAUACCAACCAGUGGGACUGGGGAAACCAGAUCCAGCCUCAGGAGAUCAGCCCUCCCCCCACGGCCAACUUGGACCGCUCCAACGACAAGGUGUAUGAGAACGUGACGGGGCUGGUCAAGGCUGUUAUAGAGAUGUCCAGUAAGAUCCAGCCAGCCCCUCCAGAGGAGUACGUCCCAAUGGUCAAGGAGGUGGGACUAGCGUUGAGAACCCUAUUGGCCACAGUGGACGAGACCAUACCAGUGUUACCAGCAAGCACACACAGAGAGAUUGAGAUGGCCCAGAAGCUGUUGAACUCUGACCUGGCCGAGCUGAUUAACAAGAUGAAGCUGGCCCAGCAGUACGUCCUCACCAGCUUGCAGCAGGACUACAAGAAACAGAUGCUGACGGCGGCMCACGCCCUGGCCGUAGACGCCAAGAACCUGCUGGACGUCAUCGACCAGGCCCGGCUCAAGAUGAUCCACGCCCAGUCCCGGGGGUCACACUAGCCCCCUCCGACUCCUAGCUCCUUGGGCAUGGAAGACCUCUGAGGGGAGGGAGAGGGAUAUAAGAGGGAAGGGGGUCUGGUGCUGUGGAAAUGGGGCUGGUUGGUUUCAGCUCCCAUAGCAAUCAUAGACCGCACAAUAAGUCACAAGUCAAGACUGCUCAGCUCGCACUUCGGUCAGAGCUCCUGAUACUACAGGAUAGAGACAGAACUGGUCACUCGACUCAAUCGUACCCUUCCACCCCCUUCCUGAAAACUGUUUUAUAGGCUUCUGUUCUGUCUGUCGCUGCUCUCCAGAAUGUUUGAAGAUCAGUUACAUACAAUCUCUUCUGUUUUAUUUGAUGUGUCUGCGUCUCGGUUGUGCUGAUUGUUUUUAAAAGCAUUUUUAUCUAGAGAUUAAUUUCAGUGUUUUUUUUUACCAGAGAUUAAUUUCAGCUCACAUCAUCAGACGUCCUCUUCUUCCAGGUGGCUGAUAAUAAUCACAGAUCUGAUCUGGAAAUAGAAAACAAUUCCAACUGGAAGAUUUGAACCAUUGAAGAACUACAAGCUAUAUUUGAUUAACAUUUUAUUUCUGAGAGAUCUCAGUGGUUGGGAUGUCUGUGUUAAACACUAUUAUCUAWGGUGUGCUAAAGAAUCAAAGCAUAUUAUGACUGUUUUGGACGCUCAUCAUUUGUAUUUUUUGGCCAUUCUCUGACACACGGACUCGGGCACCUCUCGACACAGUGAAUAAUACAGUGAAUAAUAAAAUAUCACAAAAUGAA